UCAAUUUCCUGCCCCGGGGAGGAAUUGUAGAAAAUGUUCAAAUCAGUAGAUGAGUUUCAAUUUUGGCACGCUAAGUAAUGAUUUGACAUGUCAAGUCAGCCAGUCAUGAUUUACAAUUAUAUGUCAUCUACCCUGAAAAAUGAAUAGAAAAUGCAGUGUGCAUGUACGCUACAGUUCCGGCUUCUUCUUCUCUCUACCAAGUGCAAUAUUGAAAGUGAAACGUCUCGUCUAGACAUCAUCUUUAAGCAGCUAGCAUGAAUCAGCACCAAAGAUGAAAUCUAUUUCGGCAAUGGUUAGCCAGAAAUCCCAGCUUCUAACCGCAGUAUAUGUCUUCACUUUGUCACGUUGGUGCCUUGGAGGGCUACAGUUUUCUCAUGCACAGAAAGACGCCAUCAAACCUGGGGAAGUUCUUGGUUACUCACAGCAGUUGAUUUCAGCAGACGGGAGAUUUAAGCUUGGCUUUUUCAACCUCAGCAAUCCCGUUGGUAAUUACUUGGGAACAUGGUACACAGAUGAUACGUUCAACCACCGGUUAUGGAUUGCAAACCGGGACACACCUAUAUCAGUUGGUCAAGGAAAUCUAACAAUGGAUGGAGACGGCCUGUUGAAGAUUCUGCAUGAUGGAGGGAGUCCAAUUCCCUUGAAUGCUAACAAAACAGCACCGAACACGAUCGCUGCUCUCGAGAACUCGGGCAACUUAGUGGUGAAAGAGUUGAAUCCUGAUGGAUCUACCAAGAGGAUCUUAUGGGAAAGCUUUGAUUAUCCGACAAACACACUUUUGCCUGGGAUGAAACUCGGCAUCAACUAUAAAACAGGGAAAAGAUGGACACUUACUUCGUGGUUGGCAGGCGAAAACCCUGCCCCUGGAGGCUUUUCUCUUGAAUGGAACCUUGCAGCAAACGGAAUGAGACAGUUGGCCAUCAGACACCGAGGGGAUAUGUAUUGGCUUAGUGGGGUUGGGAGCAAUUCUCACUUUGCGAAUUUUGGCACCAUUUCUUCAGAUGCUGGCAUUUACAACUUUAGUUAUGUCACUAAUGAGAAUGAGAGCUAUUUCAGUUAUUCUGUUCUGGAUGGGAGUUUUCCGAGGUGGAUCUUGACCUCAGGUGGAGCUCUUAUGGAUUUUCUAGAUUCUCCUUUUGUGAGCAAUGGUUUGUGUUUUAGUGAUUCCUCCGCUCCAGGGUGUGUGCAGCGGAGUUCACCCAUUUGCAGGAAUAGCAGUAAAACGUUUCAGAAGCGAAAGGGUUAUUUUGUUUCAUCAUCACCUCGUUUGGAUGAGAAUUCAAGCAUCAGUGUUUUUGAUUGUUGGGAUCGAUGCUGGAACGAUUGUUCCUGUGAUGGCUUUUGUACACUUCAAGACAUUGAAACCGGAUGUCGGUUCUUUGGUGGUGAGUUUGUAGAAGAUAAAGCUAGCAAUCUAGAAGAUUUCUUCGUUCUGACUGAUAUUUCAGAACCUGUAGAGGAGCCCAGAAGAAAGAAGAUAUGGUGGAUAUGGAUCAUAGUAGGAGUAGUGCCUGUUCCAGCUAUAAUCAUAUUCUUACGUUUUUUAAGGAGGAAGAAGCUCCAUUGGGACCUGGAAAGAAAUCGGGAAGCAGCAACAUUGUAUGAAUUGACGAGUUCAAGGAGAUCUGGAGACACAAAUGAGAUUAGCAACGAUGCAGGGAAGAGAGGCCAUGAUUUGAAGGUACUCAGUUUUCAAUCCAUUGUGGCUGCAACUGACAACUUUUCUACUGAAAAUAAACUUGGACAAGGUGGUUUUGGUCCUGUUUACAAGGGAAGACUACCCGAUGGGCAAGAGAUAGCUGUUAAGAGACUUUCGAGGCGUUCCGGACAAGGACUGGUGGAGUUCAAGAAUGAGCUUAUACUAAUUGCAAGACUCCAACACACUAAUCUUGUUAGACUUUUGGGUUAUUGUGUUAAAGAAGAUGAGAAGAUGUUGAUCUAUGAAUAUAUGCCCAACAAAAGCUUGGACUUUUUCCUCUUUGAUCCAAAGAAAAUGGAGCUUCUGUAUUGGAAACGACGUUGCCGUAUCAUUGAAGGCAUUGCUCAAGGGCUUCUAUAUUUGCAUAGAUAUUCUAGACUAAGAAUUAUUCAUAGAGAUUUGAAAGCAGGUAACAUCCUGCUUGAUGCUGUCAUGAACCCCAAAAUAUCGGAUUUUGGCCUGGCGAGAGUUUUUGAGCGAGAUGAAGCUGAUGCUAAGACAGAAAGAGUAGUUGGAACAUAUGGCUAUAUGUCACCCGAAUAUGCAAUGCAGGGCAAGUUUUCAGAGAAGUCAGAUGUCUACAGUUUUGGAGUUUUGAUGCUAGAGAUUGUGAGUGGCCGCAAGAAUAAAGGUGCUUUUGAUCCUGAAAACACAGGGAACUUAGUAGGAUAUACUUGGGAAUUAUGGGCAAAAAGCAGAGGUUUGGAUCUGAAGGACUCGACUCUUGCUGAUUCCGAUUCUGAUCACCAAAUCUUGAGAUACAUUCAUGUGGGUCUCUUGUGCGUACAAGAUUAUGCAGCAGAUAGGCCUACCAUGUCUGAUGUUGUUUCUAUGCUUGCCAAUGAAACUCUGCCUCUUCCUAUUCCAAAUCGAGCAGUAUUUUCUACUCAAAGAAAAUUGACAGGGGCAAUUUCAACCAGUGAUGAAAAAGGAAGUUGCUCUGCAAGGAUAACGAUUUCGGAGAUUGAUCCCCGAUGAAGAUGGAAACCUCAAACAGACAAGAUUGAAGAUACAUAUGGGCUGAAAGAAGAGAAUUAAUUGAUUCUGACACUGCCAUCAUACCUUAUAUUUCU